AUGGCAGCCGACAGAAAUCUAACAUUCAAUACGCCCCAUUUCAGCAUAAAUGAUCGUGACUACUCAAAUGAAGAUAUAUCACGAGAUGAAACCACAAGAAAUCCAUUUGCCGAUGAGGACGCUGAACUCUCAUCGCAUUCAACUGGCUCACCAAAACAACAAGGGUCAUAUGAUUUCCAACAACCACAACUGCAACGUUUAGCUGAUCAUAAUGCUAGUAAUAACGGACUAGAUUCGUAUGGUAACGCUUUCCUGUCACAUGGAGGGUACUAUACCAAUGGUGGAAGUACUAAUCUACUCAUGCAUGAAACUUCAAGCUCAGAUGAGUCUAGAGCUUUGAAUAGAGACUAUGACCGAUUAAAUCCAUCGAGUCCUGCUGAAUUUGACAGAUAUCCUUCAAUGGCAGGAUCAAGAGUUGUAUCAUCAGCUUCAUUGGCAUCACAAAUGUACCAACAUCAAGAAAAGGACAAGAGUGGCACAAACAACUAUCAUAUUUCACAAUCAUCAUCGUCAAACUCGUUAAAUGAUUCCGAUUCACAAAGCUCAAGUCCUUAUCCUAAUGAUUUUUCUCCGUUUGGUGGAUAUCCUGCAUCAUCAUUCCCCUUGAGUAUUGAAGAUAAAGAACCCGACGACUACUUGCAUAACCCUGACCCAGUUGUCGAUGCUCAAUACGAAAAGAAUAGAUUCCUAUAUGACUUGAAGAAUAUGGACAAACGAUCAUUGGGGGGAUUAUUGGGGUUGAUUGCAUUGGCAAUUUGUGCUCUUGCCGUUUUUGUCGUAUUACCGGUAUUGACUUAUUCAGGGGCAACACAGCACUAUCAUCCUGAAUCGUAUGAAGUCUUGACAGGUUAUGAAUACCCAAUGUUGAGUGCAAUUCGAACAGACUUGGUUGAUCCAGACACGCCAGAAGAUGCAUUAACUUUGGAAUCUAAGAGCGGCGAUAAAUGGAAAUUGGUAUUCAGUGAUGAGUUUAACGCUGACGGCAGAACUUUCUACGAUGACGAUGAUCAAUUUUUCGUUGCACCUGAUAUCCAUUAUGAUGCUACUAAGGAUUUGGAAUGGUACGAUCCUGAUGCAGUCACCACAGCCAAUGGAACUUUAGUGCUCACUAUGGAUGCUUUCAAGAACCACGACUUGUUUUACCGUUCAGGUAUGCUUCAAUCGUGGAAUAAAUUAUGCUUUACUCAGGGAAGAAUCGAAAUAUCAGCAAGAUUGCCCAAUUAUGGUACUGUUUCUGGAUUGUGGCCGGGUCUUUGGACAAUGGGUAACUUGGGAAGACCUGGUUAUUUGGGGUCAACUGAUGGUGUUUGGCCAUAUUCAUAUGAUUCAUGUGAUGCCGGUAUCACGCCCAAUCAAUCCUCACCCGAUGGGAUUUCCUACCUACCAGGACAAAGGUUAAACAAAUGUACCUGUUCGGGAGAGUCACAUCCAAAUCCAGGAACAGGAAGAGGAGCACCGGAAAUCGAUGUAAUUGAAGCUGAAAUCAUGACCACUACUGAGGCCGGUAAACUGAAUAAUGGUGUUGCUUCACAAUCACUACAAUUGGCCCCCAUGGAUAUCUGGUAUUAUCCAGACUACGACUAUAUUGAGAUCUACAAUUACUCAAUCACAACCAUGAACACCUAUACCGGUGGUCCCUUCCAGCAAGCUUUUUCCGCCACAACCACAUUGAACAUUACAUGGUACGAAAGGGGAGACGGGUUGGAGCAUAACUACCAAAGAUUUGGCUUUGAGUUGCUCAACGACGAUGAUGAUGGGUACUUGCGCUGGUAUGUUGGCCGAGAUCCCACACUCACUGUCCACUCCAAGUCAUUACAUCCAAACGGAAAUAUUGGCUGGAGACCGUUGUCGAAGGAGCCCAUGAGUAUUAUUAUGAACUUUGGUAUCUCAAACAAUUGGGCUUACAUCGACUGGAACAGUCUUGUAUUCCCAGCACAUUUCCACAUAGAUUACGUUAGAAUAUACCAACCAGAAGAUGCUAUUAAUGUCGGUUGCGAUCCAGAGGACUAUCCAACUUACGAUUACAUUCAAGAACAUUUGAAUCUUUACGAGAAUCCGAACAUCACAUCAUUUGAAGAUGGAGGGUAUUCAGUCCCCCAAAACAAGCUUAUUGGGUGUUGA